AUUUCUGCCGUUUGUGGUUCCUUCAGGACAUGUCUGAGGCCCACCUAGCAGAUCUGUUCGAUCGUAGUUUGAUUCCAGUUCGCUUCUCGCUCGGCCGAAGUCCGACUCACAUAACGAUUCGAGUCAACGAACGUUCGACGCAGCAUCGGCGCAUGAGCAGAGCGAGUGGCUCCAGGAAAUCCCUAGAACGACCACCCCUACGGAGGCAGUGCGCGCGCCGCGCUGCCAUCUCACCCGUUCGGCCCCCCCCAGACUGCGAGCUGGACUGGUGCGGCAAGACCUGCCAGGACAUCCAGAGCAAGUUCCCGGACUGCGCGUGUCCGACGUGGGCCGCCGGCGAGACGUACAGCAGCGUCGCCAAGGGGAAGGGGAAGUUCGGCGACGUGGGCGAGUAUUCGAAGGGCGACUUCGGAACCGCCGCGUGAGUGCCUUGUCCGCCCCCCCUUCGCUCGCGGUCGCUGGAGGCGCCGCCACGGGGGUGCCCGGCGCCCAAACCGAGACAUCUGCGCGGACUUCCCCUCCCCCAACCACGCGCUGAUCCGUUCCUCAUCUCCGCCGUGCUCUCUGGCACUGUUCAGGGCAAGCAUGCGCAGCGGCCGAUACUCUUCGUUCAAGCCAGCGGAGCUCCCCCUUGCGUCGAUC